AUGUCUGGAGUUAAGUCUCGUCAUCGUGAUAAUGGAAACGCGGGCUUUUUCUCGCGAAUAUGGACCUCCGACAUUUUGGACUGUGUUGUUGCUUUCCUUCCGCCAAACGUUGUUGCGUGUACCAUCCGCCUUGUGAACAAGCUUGCUGCGGAGCAAUUUAAGCGGUACUCCACCACGCGGCUGUCGCAGCUUGUACCUUGCCACGCCUUCCGACGCCGUUGGGCCGAUCCCUCUUCAUUACGCACCAUGACUUACGAGGAACGGAUGCGCUUCCUGUGCCUGGUAGCGUCCAGCGGGAGUAUUUACAACCUAAAAGUGGCAAUGCAGAGCACUGGUCUCCAACUGCAUUCGCGAAUACUUUGCGCCGCUGCCAAAGCGGGGCGCAUCGACCUAUGCGCCUGGCUUGUCGACGAGGGCUGCCCAAGCGACGCGAUGGGUUUAGGUGACGCCGUGGGAUAUUCUCAAAGCAAGGAUUUGUUUCAUUUUAUUUUCAGCGACGGCAUCUUCUUCGACAUUCACGUUAUUGCUGACGACGAUGAGUCCUACGGAAACAACGCGGACGGCUUCGUCGCGGCGAUUUGGGCCGCCCUCUGUGCCGCAGCCCGCAAUGGACAUGAUGACUUCUUUCGGUGGCUUCUGCAGCAGCUGCCGCAAAUCCCUCGGCUGUCUGCUCACAGCGACAGCUUCGGUAUAUUUGAACCCGCCGACCUGUUUGAAGCCGUGGCGGAGGGCUGCAAACUGUCUACUCUGAAGUGGUUAAGCCGGCGGAAGAGACUGCCGCCGCUCUGGAUGGGUCCCAACGGCACGGGCUGUCUAACGGCCGUACGAAUGCUGCUGGAGCUAGGCCCCACCUCCGUGGUAGCGGCAGCACUGGAGGCCGCCAACGCGGGGCACUUGCACGUGCUACAGGCCCUCCACGCCUUCAGACACUUAGCACAGGAUGCAGCCGAGGAUGGAGAGCCGGAAAAGUGGCUCUUACAUGAAGCUUUGGUAGGGGGGCACUUGCAGGUAGUGGCGUGGCUUGUGGAGGUCCUAGGGGUCGACGUUCGUAAUGACGCGGAUUUGGAUUUAAUGUUGGCGGCUGCCAAGUCGGGCAGCUUGGAUAUGGUCGUGUGGCUUCACGAGCGUGGCUGCCCCUGGCAUGUCGACGGCUUCAUGAACGCGGUCAAGGUGGGCAAUACGGCAGUGCUGGAGUACAUGGCAGAGAAUGGCUGCCCCGUGCCGCAGUGCGGCACCCCCUACGUGCACGCGGUUCGAGUCAACGAUUUGAGCGUCAUGCGCUGCCUGCGGCGGCUUGGAGUUCAAUGGCAUCCUCGAGGCCGUACCUUCACGGCGUGCGUCAAGGUGGGGCGUGGUCUCUGGGACCCGGCGGUCGGUCGCGUCAAGGACGCCGCACCGUACAUCCAGACCAAGCGGCUAUUUUAUUGCAUUGUGCUUGGUGCCUCAUACCUGCAAGCAAAGGUUACGGGGGUGAGGCGGAGCUGGACACCGCAGUUGCACAGCAUGGCAGACGCAUCGACGGUGCCCCGCUACCAAGCGACAGCCGCUGUGAACACGAGGCAUACAUUCAACGAAGCACAUGAGCAUGGAAACGGCGCCUGGGACGACCUGAAGCACGACAUAACACCGUCUCCACCUCCGCGUUCCCUGGAGCCCUUGACACGUGGCUCAGCCGGCGUCCGUUCGUCGUUGCUGUCGAUGGGACAGACGUCGCCGCCGCCGCCCAACACCACCUUUGUGUCGUACGAGGCGGAGAUUACACUUCCGGCGGCACUAGCAGCCGGAACCAGCCUGCCGGCAGUUCCUGGGGCGGUACUGCAUUUGUCGUACAACUUCCUAACGGUCACGUUGCGCUUCCAGCUCAGCUCGCCGUACGGUACUUGUACGGCCCAGGGCGCUCAUUCGACGCUGUCUGCUGUCGUCGCGGCGGCAUUUGGCCUCCCGCCGUCCAACGUGACCACCACGAGCUGCAAGUUGGACCAAGCCAUAUCCCUGGAAAGCUUCGGCACGGCGGUCUUCCGUACGCUGUACGGCAGCGGCAGCGGCGGCGCUACCGGCGUGUUGACAGGCCUGUGUCCCGGGGAAACGGACACGUCCUUGGCGGUUCCUGGCGCCCUGGUUCGUGGCGUGUCGACGGCAGACAGUAGCUUUACGGGCUGCCAGGCCUUUGUUGCCGUACUGCUGGCGGCGAUGGAGCCCCUCACCGUCAGCGCCGCCUCCUCGACCGGGCCGUCGCUGUCGGUGGCGCUGACACAAGCCAGCUGCCGUGCCACGUUGUACGGCCGCACCGCGAGCUCGUUGCCGCCGCCACCGCCGUCGCCGUUGCCUCCAGCACUGCUGGCGGCGAGGCCGACGGCUGACGGUGGCGGCGCAGCUGCCGAUAUGAUGCCAGACGGCGACGGCAGCGGCGGUGCUAGCAGUAGCGGCCGGGCCAGCGUCAGUAACGGCUACAGCAAUAAAUCGGUGGCGGCGAUCGCGGCACCGGCCGCGGUCGGCGGCGUGGUGGUCCUGGUAGUUCUGGUCGUACUGCUGUUGUGCUGCUACCGCCGCCGCCGCCGGGAGCUCGUGACGGAGGUUGAGGCGGCGGGGACCGCUGUCGACGGAGGUAAGGACACUGUGGCGGAGGUACGGACGCCGCCGGCGGCAGCGGCAGCGGCGGAGCUGACCCCGCCAACCCCAAAGAUCAGCGGCAGGUCGUGGCUUUGGCGGUCGCUGUUUGGCCGACGCAGCAGCGGCAGUAGCGGCGGCAGUUUCAGUGGGAGGGGAGGAAGUUGGCGGGGAACUCGCGUCGCGCCGAAUGAGCUGAAAGGGCGGCCUUUGGAAGAUACUGGUGAAGGGGAUGACGGUGUCGUACCAACUCGCCGAGUUCGGAGCGUCGACUCGGAUGCGCUGUUGUCGGCGUCAGCGGCGUCGCUGCCGUCGUCGCCGCCGCGGAGUUCGGCGGAGGACACGGCGCGGAGGACUGGGACAGGGAUAGGGGUUCCGUCGAGCCAGUUGCCGCCGCUACCGCCGCCGCCGCCACCGGGGCAAGUGCCCCAAGAACCGAUGCUGUUGGUGUUGCCUCCGACAACGACUAGUGCGGACAGCUGCGACGGCGCCAGACGCUGCGACGGCGGCCAUAUACGUGCUAACAACUACGGCGGCGGCGGCAUUGCCAGCGGCGGCGGUAGUGGUGACGACGCCGGGAACGGGGGAUUAUUCAGUACUGUGAUGGAGUCCGGCGGGUCGGGACCUGGCCUUCCGUCAGUACGGAAGCCGGAGCCAGCUGCCCUCGAAACGGAGAUGGAGAGGGUGUCGGAAGCAUCCGCGGCGACAACGGCGGCGGCGGCGGUAAAGGAGACGGCCGCGGUGGCUGAGACCGAGCCGUCAACGCCGUUGCCGGCGGCGGCGGCGAUCAAGGCGCCAGCGGCCAUCGAGGCGGAGCUGCAGAGGGCGUCGGCGGCGACGGCAGCGGCGCCGUUGGCAGAUGCGUCUUCGCUGACGGCGCCGGCGGAGCCGAUGAUGCUAGUGGCGGCGGCGCCCGCCGCCAGUGCGUCGCCAUCGAUGCUAGGAGCUGAUGUGGGGGCAGGAGGCCCGGCGGCGGCGGCGGCAGGAUUGGAUAGCCCAUCAGGGCCGCCGCUAGCGCCAGCCUCCCCGGCGGUGACGUCAUCACACAUGACUCUUGUAUCUGGCGCUGGGCCCCGGCUUCCCCUCCUUCCGCCCAUUGGGGGCAACCUGGAGCAUUUGCCGCAGCUUGGCCCUGCUCUGGCGCCGCGCUCCCUGCCCGUACGAAAUGUACUGCCGAUUGUUAUACCCCAUCAUCCGUACAGCUCCCAUAACCAUGACAGCUCCGCCGCCUCUGUCUCUAGCCCCACCGCCGUCGCCGCCGCUGCCGCCGCUUCGGAAGCGGGUGGCGAUGGCGGCAGCGGCGGCAAAGACAUCCUUUCCGGGCGGUUACCGUCGCCGGCGGUCCGGCGGUCGCUGCUGCCUUCUUUGGCAACUACAGUGCCGCUAGCGGCCGGUUCACUGGAUGUUGCCAAAGCAGGCAGCCCCUUUGCCGGGCCGCUAUCGUUGGGGCAGCAGCGCACUGGCUGCGCCGAUGCUCGCGGCAGGGAGGGCGGCGGCGGCGUGGCCGCGCCCUUGACGGAGCCGCCGCCGCCGACCGCCAACGGUGGUAGCCUAAGAGGCGGCGACGGCGCCGCAGCCAGCGGCGGCGGCGACGCCCCUGCCGACGGCAAUAAUUCGGCUGUACGGCAGUUGCUCAGACCGGGCGAUGGCGGGGCUUCGGGCGACAUAGGCGAUGGCGGCGAUGGCGGCGCGGCAGCCAGCGGCGGCGGCGACGCCCCUGCCGACGGCAAUAAUUCGGCUGUACGGCAGUUGCUCAGACCGGGCGAUGGCGGGGCUUCGGGCGACAUAGGCGAUGGCGGCGAUCGCGGCGCGGCAGCCAGCGGCGGCGGCGACACCCCUGCCGGCGGCAAUAAUUCGGCUGUACGGCAGUUGCUCAGACCGGGCGAUGGCGGGGCUUCGGGCGACAUAGGCGAUGGCGGCGAUGGCGGCGCGGCAGCCAGCGGCGGCGGCGACGCCCCUGCCGACGGCAGUAGUUCGGCUGUACGGCAGUUGCUCAGACCGGGCGAUGGCGGGGCUUCGGGCGACAUAGGCGAUGGCGGCGAUCGCGGCGCGGCAGCCAGCGGCGGCGGCGACGCCCCUGCCUGCGGCAGUAAUUCGGCUGUACGGCAGUUGCUCAGACCUGGCGAUGGCGGGGCUUCGGGCGACGGAGGUGAUGACGGCGCCACAGCCAGUGGCGGCGGCGACGCCCCUGCCUGCGGCGGUAAUUCGGCUAUACGGCAGUUCCACAGGCCCGGCGUUGGCGGCUUAUCAUCAAGCGAUCUGCAGGGGGACGAUGACGUGGCGGCGGCGGCAACAGGCGCCGGUGCCAGAACUGCUGACUGGAAUCCGCUGUUGGCGGCUCGUAACUUCAAACGACCUGACGGCGAUGGCGACGGCGGGGAGGAGCUGGGAGGGGAUUCGGACUCCAGAGCGAAACCGCCGCCCGCCAAAGACCUGGCAGCGCCGUCACCACCUCCCGGUGCUGCAGCCCGUGCGAUGAAGUAUGGGGCCGGAAUUGCCCCGGAGGCUGCUCUUGCUGAGUCAUCGGUUUCGGUGGCGGAAUCUGAGUUGCCGUCAUCAUCACCGUUACCUGCCGCCUCGCCAGCAGCCACACCGCCGGCCGCCGCCGCCGCCGCCGCUGGCCGGCAGUUCAAGUUUGGUGGGAUGGCGGACGGCAAAGAUCCAGACGAUGUCGACGGUGGCUUGGAUUCGGGUUCCAACGACGAGGAGGAGCUGAACGGCAUGGCGGAUGGCGCCGGCGGUGUCGAGGGGCAAAAGGAGCAGCGCACCCGCCUCCGCGCUCUUCGCCCCGCCGCAGCCCGCCACGGCGGCGGCUCUCUGGCUCCGGACGAGGCCCUGGGGUCUGUGGACCUGAUGCAGUUGCAGCUGGAGAGGCGGCGGAAGGCCCAACUCGAGCAGAUGCGCAACAAGGCCGCGUGGGGGGUUGCCGCCGGCGGGGGCGGGGAGGAGCAGCUGGAUCAUAAAGAACAAGAGCGAGGGGAUGGACUGAGCAGCGUGCAGCCUGUGGCGGAGCCGCUGUAG